AUGGUGGUAACUUCAAUUUCAAUUGUCUCUUCUUCAUCUUCAUUCCUCUCCGAUUCUCCUUCCACUUCUGUUCCCACCAGAACCAGACCUUUCUUCUUCCCUUCCUCAAACCAAACCCCACUUUUCGGGUUUCCUAGAGCACCCCUUCCCAAUGCUACCCUCAGGGCCUCAUCCUCCUCUUCUUCUUCUACCGCUUUCACACCGCAGGAAAAUGGGUCGCCGGAACAGUUCCUCGAGAAUAAUUCCAUCGCCGAUUUCAUGAGGUUCAAGCGCGGGGUCGAUGGUGGUGGAAGUGCUGAGUUACAGACGGCUAUUGUCAGCUACAGAAAGAGGUUUCCUUGGUCCCUUUUGCGCCCUUUCCUUCAGGUUGACUUGGUUUCGACAAUUCACAUCGCUGAUGAAGAGUAUUUUCUGGCCCUCCAGAAGGAACUUGAAAGUUAUGAUUGUGUCCUUUAUGAAAUGGUAGCUAGCAGAGAAAGUUUAGAAAACAGAAGAAACGGUACCGCUACAAAAAGGUUAAAAAGUUCACGCACCAAGGGUUUUAACAUUUUGGGAUGCAUCCAAAGGCAAAUGGCUCAAAUUCUUACACUUGAUUUCCAGUUAGAUUGUCUCAACUACCAGUCUUCGAAUUGGUACCAUGCAGACCUUGAUUAUGAGACCUUCAAAUUACUUCAGCUUGAAAAAGGUGAAAGCUUCUUCUCUUUUGCAAAAGAUAUGACUCUUAGGUCUACAAAGGCAGUAUUGCAGCCAGCUUCAAUUCCGGAAGAUCUUGAUCCUUUGAGAUCCAAGCUUUUAUGGGCAUCACGUGUACUACCUAUGCCACUUGUUGGCCUUCUUAUCAUCGGAGGUGUUUGUACAGAUGUGGGAAGUCAAGCAUCAGAGUAUCCUGAAAUUGAGGCACUGUCAAGGCUUGAUUUUGGUGCUGCAAUGAAGGUCUUUCUUGCAAAGAGACUAACAUCUGAGUUCACACUGGUGACAGCAGAUGUAGAGGAGAAAUCAGUUAUAAUUGGUGAGAGAAAUAGAGUAGCAACAGAAGCCCUAAAAGCAGCAAUGGACAAGGGACACAAUAGAAUUGCAAUACUUUAUGGGGGUGGCCACAUGCCAGAUCUUGGGAGGAGACUGAGAGAGGAGUUUGAUUUAGUCCCAUCUAAUGUAAAGUGGAUAACAGCUUGGUCCAUAAGGAAAAGAAACCUAAAUACUAAUUCAUUUCCAUUUCUGAAGAAAAUUGCUAAGGCCUCAGGCUGGCCAUUGAACCGCUAUCAGACAUUGGCAUUGCUCAUCUUUUCUUCAGUCUUAGCAUUGGAUCUGUGGUUCUGGGAGCUAUUCUUUGGUAGUGCAGUGAAUUGGGUCUCUGAACUUGUUCAGUAUGUGGGCAAUUCACCAAUGAUAUGA